UGGGGGGAGCAGAAUGGGAGACAGGUAUAGAGCGAACCAGGUUAGGUGUGCCAGUGUGUCACGGGAGGCGUUCCGGUGCACAACAUGGCGGGACGUGUAGACUUCAAUGUUGGACUCUGGGGGGAAGAGAAAGAGGGCGAAGAGGAGCUGGAGGAAGAUAUAAACCAAGGUGCCAUAAGCUCUCAAGUUCUUUACCAGAUGGCGAGACAACGGUACUACGAAAGCCGCAAGUUUGCCAUCGGUUACCAAGAGUUGCAGUCUCGUUGGAGGUCACAGGUGCCUCUGACCUCCACACCGCGGCGUCACCUGGACAUCCCUUCCUCACAGCCACACCUCCCUCACCUCAUCACCUGCUCCCUCCACCAAGACCCACGUAGACAAUCACUCCACCUUCCCCUCCACUCUUCAUUCUCAAGUGGAACACCAUCAAACACUUCAACGAUAUCCACUCCCUCCUCACUCCCGUCCUCUUGUUCCCUAACCUCGCCCAACACCUCGACCCUAUCCACUCCUACCUCACAUCCCUCCUGCAGUUUCCCGGUCUCCCCAAGCACACCCUAUGGGGAGCACUUCCCACUCCUGGAGAAGGGAUGCUAUGGCGGUGAGGUGGGCAGGGGAGGCAGUGAGGGAGGUAAAGAGUGCGAGGAUCAGGAGUGUCACCAACCAAACCGCUUACUUGGAAUGAUUCGCGAGAUGAUUCAAGAGGCACUCACACACGCACAUCUGAGAAGACGCCGGAGAGACCAGGAACAACCGACGCCUGAUGAGCAGGUGGCAAUACUACAGACCGAACUGGAGGCUUACCGCGUGUUGAGUCGUAGUAAGAAGGAGGCAGCUGACCUACUGAAGCACGAGCUGAUGGCGGUUCUGUACGAGCGAGUAUUGGCGCAGGAGGAGCAAAACCACCUGAGAAGCCAGCUGGAGAGGGAGAUCACCAGCCUCGAGUACCAGCUGCACCUACAGAGGACCACCGCUCACCACCACCUCACCCACCUGUCCUCGCAGCUUCACAGGCCACACCAUGAGCCGGGAACCUUGUGAGUGGAGGAAGAGGAUGAUGUGACCAAGUGAAUCAGAGUAAUGAGGCGUGUUUUUCCUUAAUUGUCAGUGAAUCUUGUCUUAAUUUUGUUUGUGAUUCAGUUUCCUUGCUAUAUUUAUUUUUGCUGCAUUUUGAACUUGAAUUGAAUGAGAGUAAUGAGGCGUGCUUUUUCCUCUAUAAUCAAUGACUCUUGUUUUUUUCCUUAAUAAUCAGUGACUCUUGCCUUCAUUUUCCUUAA